AUGAUAGAGAUAAAUUCUAACAUUCCUUAUGAUUUCGUAACGAGUGUACUACAUAAUACACCACCUCCUCAUCACGAUCGUAGAUCUAGCAAGACAGAAAGACCACAUAGCAAUAGUAGUAUUUUACAAAAUUUUACAAAAAUGGAACCAAUACAGAAGAGUUCACAAAAUGAACCAAAGAAAUGUAAGAAUCCUCCAAAACAACGUAUAAAGAGAGAAAAAUUAUUUACAACUCCAGAUAAAUUAUCGAAUUUUUUAAAUCAUGAUUCAAAUAAAUUAAUCCAUUUAGAACCAGUACCAAUAUUCAAUGAUAAAUCUGAAAUUAAACCAUGGUUGCAAAAAAUUUUCUUCCCUCAAGGUAUUGACUUAGUUAUUGAAAGAUCUGACAAGAGUAAGAUUAUAUUUAAAUGUAAAGCAGUAACGCGUCCCACAAACGAAAUGGACAACAUAAGUGAUAAUAAUAAUAGUAAUAACAAUAACAAUAACAACAGCGACGAUAUAACAACUCAUGAAAACCAUAGAACCCCUAUUAUUACUACAAAUUGUCCAUUCCGUAUACGGGCAUCCUAUUCCUUAAAAUUAAAGAAAUGGAAUAUAGUGAUAGUAAAUAAUACACAUUCGCAUCAAUGUGUAUUCAAUCCAGAUUCUGAUGAGUACAAGAAAUUUAAGAAUCAUUUAAUCGCUGAGAAUGAUACAGACACAAUAAAAGAAUUUGAAGAAUUAGAAUAUAAGACUAAAUUCAAAUUACCAAUACUACCCAAAGUGAUCUCAUGUGAUUGUGGUCUAACCAGUGAAGUAAAUUGGUUCGAUGUUAUGAUUCCAGAACCUAAAAUAUCGGGAACCAAAAAGGUCACUAAAAAGACCAAUAUAAAUAGUGGUAUUUCUGCGACAACUACUGUUACCAAUACUUGCAGUAAUAGUAGUACUACAUUGAAUAACAUGAACGGAAAUAUGAAAUACGAGAAUAUCUCAAAUUUCUUAGAUUUAAACGACCCAAACAUUAAUAUAAUAAACUCGAAGACCGUUACACCUCCAGGUAAUAUUACAAACUUAGAUGAAAUUGAUUUUACAAACAUGUUUGCUACACAGAAGAACGUACCUCAAUUUAAGAAGGAACCUACGACUAAAUCUUUGUUCAGUAAACAACAACAAAUGUCUGCCUUAGAUGCCUUUAAUUUUAACAAAAUUAUUACCACACCUUCAAAUGAUAAUUUAUUGAAUUACUCGAUAGAUUUUAAUUCACUGUCACAAGAUUUCACCGAUCCAGAUUUGAAUAUGAUCUUGAACUCCACAGAUGAUGGAAUUAACACCUUUACUGAAAAUGGACCCGAGUCCACCACUGCCACCACGUUAGAUACCCUUAUGGAGCCAACUGAUCUUCCUUAUAUGGACUUUGACGCAAAGGAUGAUUUAAAUAUGGAUUUGAAUUAUGGAUUUGAUAUGGCUCCUAAGGGUCUUCAUAAUCAGGUGAAGGCCGAGCCAGAGGACCUGACUAACGAAUUUACUUUUGACUCUAUGAUGUAA